AGGGCUGUGUGUGUUCCGUGGAUGCUAGCUCGCGCUCUGGCCGGCGAUCACCCAUAGCACAAAUUAAACUUCCACUUUAUCAUCAAGAUUAAGAUCAGAACCGGCCGGCCAUACAUGGAGGACAUUCGUCGGCUGCCCGAGGACGUCCUCACGUCGGUGAUGUCCCGCGCCGCUACGGGACCACGGGCUGCAUGCGUCGCCGCCACGGUGUCCCCGGCCUUUCGCUCCGCGGCUGACUCCGACACCGUCUGGUCGCGUUUCCUCCCGGCCGACCUCCCGCCGCUCGUCUACCCGUCGUCGUCGCCGCCGCCACGCUCCAAGAAGGAGCUCUUCCUCCGCCUCUCCGGGAACCAUGUCCUCCUCGAGGAUGGCCUCACGAGCGCGUGGCUGCAUAGGGAGACCGGCGCCAAGUGCUACAUGGUUGCGGCGAGGGCUAUGCACAUUGUAUGGGGCGACGCACCGCAAUACUGGCGUUGGAUCCCGCGCCAAGACUCCAGGUUCCCAGAAUGCGCUGAACUGUUGGCGGUUUGUUGGCUGGACUUCAGCGGCGCCAUAGAAAGCAGGAUGCUAUCCGAAAACACGCGCUAUGCCGCCUACCUAGUGUUCAAGAUGGACGAUGAUUGCUACGGCCUAGAUUCUCCACUGCAGGUUGCGUCAAUCCACAUUGGAGAAGACGAGAUAUCAUCCCACCCAGUCCGCCUGCAGAACAACAUAGGCAACCAACAGAACGACGGCGCCGAGGAAGGAGCUACUCCUCGGCUUCCCAUGGAGAGGCCCGAUGGGUGGAUGGAGCUGGAGAUAGGUGAGUGGGACAACCACGGAGGGGAAGACAAACAUUUUUGCGCCAGAGUGAGAGAGACCACGUAUGGAGGCAACUGGAAGAAAGGCCUUAUUUUGCAGGGUGUCGAGAUAAGACCUAAGAACUAAUUGAGGGCAGAUUGCUUGUAAAAUCAAUAGCCUAUUGUAGUGUGUGUGUGUGUAUAUAUAUAUGAAUGUUUAAUUUUAGUGUUGUGGCACUCGAUAGUUGAACUCUUUGAGUCAUGCAAAGUUUGAAUUUUUUAUGCUCCCAAGUCAAGGUCCUUUUGUUGGAGAUACGAGAUAAUACGAAGUCACAUUAUAUUUAA